CGGACUGAGGGGCAGUGUUGGGCUGCUUGUGAACUCAGCGUGGACUUGUAACAGUUUCUCUGGCAGUGGAAGGACCAUGGACAGCCCCUUCUUCGACAACUUAGACGCCGCCGGAUUUCUGCGGAUUUGGCAACGCUUUGACGCUGAUGAUAAUGGAUAUAUUGAAGGCAAAGAACUGGAUGACUUCUUUCUCCACCUUAUGAAGAAACUUGGUACUGAGGGCACUGACCUGAGCGCUACGAAGGUGCAGAAAAUGAAAGAGAGAUUUAUGUCUGCGUACGAUGUGACUGCUGAUGGGAAGCUACAGAUCCAGGAGCUGGCCAACAUGAUUCUCCCGGAAGAUGAAAACUUCCUCCUGUUAUUCCGGCGUGAGACUCCACUGGACAACAGCGUGGACUUCAUGCGGAUCUGGCGUAAAUACGACGCUGACAGCAGUGGAUACAUUUCUGCCUCUGAACUUCGAAAUUUCCUGAGAGACUUGUUUCUUCGACACAAGAAAACUAUUCCAGACAACAAACUGGAUGAGUACACAGACACAAUGAUGAAAAUCUUUGAUAAAAACAAAGAUGGCCGCCUGGACCUUAAUGACCUGGCAAGGAUUCUAUCGAUGGAUGAAAAUUUCCUUCUGCAGUUCAAAAUGGAUGCUUGCAGCCUGGAGGAACGAAGAAGUGACUUUGAGACGAUUUUCUCUCACUAUGACGUGAGUAAAACAGGAGCCCUGGAAGGUCCUGAGGUGGACGGGUUUGUUAAAGAUAUGAUGGAAUUGGUGAAGUCAACUAUUACCGGAGUUGACCUGGACAAGUUCCGUGAGAUUCUGCUGCACCACUGCGAUGUGAACCAGGAUGGAAAGAUUCAGAAGACUGAGCUGGCUCUCUGCCUGGGGCUGAAAAUGAGCCAAUGAAGCCGGCCACGCGGCCAGCUGCUCCACACUGUUUUAACCGCACGUCCUAAUCUAACCUUGAUAACAUUUGCCGACAAUCCCCAGCUCUGUGCCUCACCGCGGUGCUCCAUGUUUGUGCCGGAGAGGGGAAGUGAAACUCAUCUCCCCCCCCCCAAUCAAUCGAUCAAUCGAUUCAGCACUUGUUAUUGGAAAGCUCGAAUGCUUUUGAAUAUGCAUGCCUAGAUGCAAUGUGUUCAUUAGGUCUUAUAGGAACAGAAUUAGAAUUAGGCCAUUUGGUCCAUCAAGCCCGCUCCGCCAUGGCUGAUCCAACUACCUUUUCCUUCUUAACCCCAUUCUCACUUAUUUUUUAUUGUCAUUGAUAAAACGAUGCAGACACUAUAAAUGGCAAAAAAUAAACAGUGCUGGAGUAAACCAGUGGAUCAGGCAGCAUCUCUGGAGAACAUAAGUUCAUAAGUUCUAGGAGAAGAAUUAGGCCAUUCAGCCCAUCGAGUCAACUCUGCCAUUCAAUCAUGGCGGAUCUAUCUCUCCCUCCCAACCCCAUUCUCCUGCCUUCUCCCCAUAACUCCUGACACCCGCACUAAUCAAGAACACGGAUGCAUGACGUUACGUGUCGGGACCGCUCUUUCGAAACGUGGUCUAUCCAUGUUCACAAGUUAUAGGAGUAGAAUAAGGCCAUUAGGCCCAUCUAGUCUAUUCCACCAUUCAAUCAUGGUUGAUCUCUGCCUCCUAAUCCCAUUUUCCUGCCUUUUCCCAUAUAAUCCUUGACACCCGUUCUAAUCAAGAAUUUGUCUAUCUCUGCCUUAAAAAUAUCCACCGGCUUGGUCUCCACAGCCCUCUGUGGCAAUGAGUUCCACAGAUUAACUUCCCUCUGAGUAAAGAAGUUCCUCCUCACCCUUCUAAAACUCCCUUUCGUCUUUCUAAAGGUACGUCCUUUAAUUCUGAGGUUGUGACCUCUGGUCCUAGACUCUCCCACCAGUGGAAAUAACUUUUCCACAUCCACUCUAUCCAGGCCUUUCAUUAUUCUGUAUGAGGUCCCCCCCUCAACCUUCUAAACUCCAGCGAGUACAGGCCCAGUGGUGUCAAAAGCUCAUCAUAUGCUAACCCUAGGAUCAUUCUUAACAUUCCAGAGAUGCUGCCUGACCUGCUGUGUUACUCCAGAACUGAAUGACAUCCAGAACUGCAAAUGCUGGUUAACAUACGAAAGGGCACAAAGUGCUGGAGUAACUCAGCAGGUCAGGCAUCACAUCUCUGGUGAACAUGGACAGGUGAUGUUUCUGGUCGGGACCCUUCUUUUGUUGAAAGUACUCAUUCAGUCUCCAGAGUGUUCCUAUUCCCUGAAACUUUAUUAUUUAGGAACUGUACCUCAUCCCCCUCUCCCUCCCCUUUUCAUUAUCACUCAUCCCUCUUUUCUAUCUGUCACGGGUCAGGAUAUUUCUUCCAAAACAUCACCUCCCCAUGCUCUACAGAGAUGCUUCCUAACCUGCUGAGUUACUCCAGUACUUUUUAUUUUGUAAACUAGCACCUGCAAUUCCUUGCAGAAACAAAGAACUGCAGAUGCUGGUUUACAGGUAAGAGGACAUAAAGUGUGUCAGGGGUUAUGGGGAUAAGGCAGGAGAAUGGGGUUGGGAGGGUAAGUAAAGUAAGUAAGUAAGUAAGUUUGUCGGCCAAGUAUUCACCUACAAGGAAUUUGCCUUGGUGUUCCGCCCACAAGUAACAACAUGACAUGCAGCGACAGUUAUGAAUGACUCAGAAAACACUAAACAUUAAUAAUAAUAAAACAUUAAUGAUAAAACACCAUUGAUCAAGCAUGUGAACCAACAAAAUACCAGAUCAAAGGGAAUGGGGUUGGGAGGGAGAGAUAGAUCAGCCAUGAUUGAAUGGUGGAGUAGACUUGAUGGGCUGAAUGGCCUAAUUCUACUCUUAUCACUUAAGACCUUAUGACACAUAGUGCUGGAGUAACUCAGAGGGUCAGGAAGCAUCUCUGGAGAGCUUGGAAAGGUGACGUUUCGGGUCUGGACCAUUCUUCAGACUGAUUAUGGGGCGGGGAAGGGGGGGGGGGGGGAAGCUGGAAGACAGGAAGGGCAAGACAAUGUCUAGUUGGUUAUAGGUGGACGCAGGUAAGGGUUUGAUAGGCAUAUGGUCGGACAAAGAGCAGAGAUGAAAGGCUACGGGUGAGACAAAAGGAUUGAAGGGUUGUGACUUGUGAAGCCAGAGGAAGGAAUGUCAGUGGAAGGGAAGGGGGGAGGUCUGAAGGGUCCCAUCCCGAAACGUCCUCUGUCCAUGUUCUCUGGAGAUGCUGCCUGACCUGCUGAGUUCCUCCAGCACUUUGUGGCCUCAUCUGUAAUUCCUCGUGUCUCCAUUGUAAAUGGCAAAUACCGGUUUGAACCAUUCAUUCCAUUUCUCAUCAUUAUUGUAAGGCACUGUCCACAGAUUUUGACAAUGGCCGCAUGCUACGUAAUCCAGCAAAACCUGAACUUGACCGAUGAGAUUAAAAGUUGAAGUGUCCAUUCCUGGUGCUCUGCGUCGAUCUAAAAAAGAGGAAUGUUUUUGGGAAAUAUCGCAUGUAUUUUAAGGAAAAAACAACAGACAUCAGGGGCUGUAUUAUUCCACAGUGCCUUUCUGGACAUUAUCCUGUUGCUAAAAAAAAAAGCAAUAUGUACCUGGUAGUGAAUGAUUUAACAUCCAGCACAGUGGCGCAGCGGUAGAGUUGCUGCCUCACAGCGUCAGAGACCCGGGUUCGAUCCUGACUACGGGUUACUGUCUGCCCAGAAAUUGUACGUGACCUGCGUGGGAUUUCUCCGGGUGCUCCGGUCUCCUCCCACAUUCCAAAGGUGUACAGGUUUGCAGGUUAAUUGGCUUUGAUAACAUUGUAAAUUGUCCUCCAGAGUGUGUGUAUGUGUGUGUGUGUGGGUGGGAUAGUGUUGGUGCUGGGGGUUGGUGUUGGGAUCGGUGGUGUUGGUGUUGGGAUCGGUGGUCGGCACGGACUCGGUGGGCCUAAGGGCCUGUUUCCGCCCCGUAUCUCUGAACUAAACUAAACCCUGUUGCUGAGGUAUCGGUGAAAGCUUGCAUUUGGAGUCCGUUACAGGAGCUUCGCUCGACGUCUAAUUUCCACUUAUUCAGCUCCUAGCACUUCUGCCACAGUAACGCGAAAGCAGUUCGCUUAUUUUGCCAAGUAUUCAAUGACUAUUGUGUCUUCUGCAUGUCACAGGGCUGUGUAUGUUUUAAAUCUUUAGCUCUGUUAGUUUUAUGCCAUGCAGCCUGUAUGCCGGGAUACUGUUCUUUCGUGGUUGUCAAAUUAAAUUAAAUUGAUGUGGAGGAAUGUA